AAACGCAGUGUUGGAGUCCAACUUGUCUGAACUCGGCUUCAAAGCUCCCAAUGCCAGAAAAACAGGGACUACCAUCGCUGGGAUGGUUUACAAGGACGGAGUGAUCCUGGGAGCUGACACCAGGGCCACAGACGACAUGGUGGUGGUUGAAAAAAACUGCAUGAAGAUUCACUACAUCGCUCCAAAGAUCUAUUGCUGUGGAGCUGGCGUGGCUGCAGACGCCGUCGUCACCACACAGAUCAUAGCGUCCAACGUGGAGCUGCACAUGCUCAACACCGGGCGACCUCCCCUCGUCGCCAUGGUAACCCGGCAGCUGAAACAGAUGCUGUUCAGGUACCAGGGCCACAUUGGUUCAUCUCUGAUUGUUGGAGGAGUGGAUGUGACGGGAGCGAACCUGUACAGUGUUUACCCUCACGGCUCCUAUGACAAGCUGCCUUUCGUCACCAUGGGUUCUGGAGCUGCAGCUGCCGUCUCUGUAUUUGAGGACAGAUUCAAACCAAAGAUGGAGCUGGAGGAGGCCAAGCAGCUCGUUCGAGACGCCAUCACUGCCGGGAUUCUCUGUGACCUGGGCUCAGGCAGCAACGUGGACUUGUGUGUGAUUACCGAGGCCGGAGUGGAGCACCUGCGAGGCUACGACAAGCCGGCGGUCAGAGGCCAGAGAGAGGGACAGUACAGGUUCGACCCCGGCACCACGGCCGUCCUGACCCACAGUGUGACCCCUCUGUCCCUGGAUGUGGUGGAUCAGUGUGUCCACACCAUGGACGCUGAGUGACCCCGGCUCUGAUCAGCUGUUUGCAUUAAAGCUUCGUUUGUUCAACCAGAAUCUGGUUUUACUGCAGUUUGUCACUUUUUCCUCUCGUGAAGUCGAAUCGUCACAGUUUCUCAUUAAAGUCGUUUCCCAUCA